UGCUCCUUCUGUGGGGACCUCCAGCCUCCUUCAUCCUUCCCUUUGUUCAAAAGGCUUUCAAGGACACUCUCCCUCUUCCUUGCAGUCCUGAUGAGUGUUCAUUUCACUUCCUGCUGCCUAGUCUUCUUUGUCUGCCACAAGGAAUUUGGGGCUGGAAACCAGUUUCCCCUCAAAACAGCCAGAUGCCAAAGGACUAAGAUUUGUUGGAGGAAAUAUAGGUGUCUUUUAAUAUUUGAGGGCAGGAUGUGCAGGCAGGCACCAUCAGAGACUAAAGUCAGGAAAUGGAAGAAAUCCUGAUUAGAUACUGGCCUUGGUGUCUUCUGUUCUUUCUGUCUCUUCUUGGGUCUCUUUGUGCCAUUCUUGGCUUUUUCUGCCACAGGGAGUUCAUGGCCAGAAGUGGCCACCCCAUCCUUGAUUUUAGAAGCCCCUCAGUUCCUUUUUUCUACUUAUCUCUGUACUUUUUUUCAUAUCUCUCUCUUUCUCUUCACCUGGCUGUCUCCACAUGGGUGUCCUAGUGGCAGGAAACAGCCACUCGAGCCCACUCUUCUUUUUACCUCUAACCCCAGUGCUCAGCACAGGCUGGCCCUAGUUUGUCCCUUCUCCAGAUUCCCACAUGACUGAAGCUGAGUGGCCAAGCUUGUUAGGUUCACAGCCUAGUUAGCAGAACCCGUGGGUAAUGGGAUGUUCAGAAAAUGAGUGAACCCGACAGGACACUAGAACACAUCUCUGUGAGGCCUACUGCCUUUCAAAAAACAGAAUCUCAUUUAAAAGGCUUCCUUGGGUCUCAGCCAUUACGAAGCUCCACGAGAGGAGCUGUGGAGCUUUCAGCUUCGCCUCCGUCACUGAUUGAGCAUGGAGGAGAAGUCAGGAAACUGUAGGGUUCCAGAGGAUCUGUUUAAUGGUUUGAAAGUUACAGAUCCCCAGGAAGUGGAGGGUGCUAGUCCGCCAGUUUCUAAUGCCAAAGAUCACCAUUCCCAGAGCAAACUGCUCCAGGAUGUUGAGACCCAUCCCCAGGAGGACCAGGUAAAAGAGGAGAGCUUUUAUGACCCCAGUGCCUCAUUUGAGAAGGAGGAACCAAGAGUGGACGAGGUUGAAAACAAACCUGAAAAUGAUGGGAAUUCCUUUGAACUAGAUGAAGAAUAUCCAAUAGAACUGGAAAGAAGCAUGCCCGAUGAAGAGAAAAAGAAAAGGAGAGAAGAGAGCACUCGACUAAAGGAGGAGGGAAACGAGCAGUUUAAGAAAGGAGGUUAUACGGAAGCCGAAAGUUCUUACAGGCGAGCCCUUCAGAUGUGUCUGUCCUGCUUCCAGAAAGACAGGUCUAUUCUGUUUUCAAACAGAGCUGCUGCAAGGAUGAAACAGGACACGACAGAGAUGGCCAUCAGUGACUGCAGCAGAGCAAUUCAGUUAAGCCCCAGCUAUAUCAGGACAGUACUGAGGAGAGCAGAGUUGUAUGAGGAAACCGACACGCUAUAUGAAGCCCUGGAAGACUGUAAAUCCAUAUUAGAAAAAGAUCCAUCAGUACAUCAAGGAAGGGAAGCUUGCACAAGAUUACCUAAGCAAAUUGAAGAACGUAAUGAAAGACUAAAGGAAGAGAUGUUGGGUAAACUAAAAGACCUUGGGAACUUGCUUCUCCAGCCUUUCAGACUCCACAGAAAAUUUCCAGAUCAGACAGGAUUCCUCUACUGGCUCCUACUCCAUCAAUUUUGUUCAAAAUCCAGAUAAUAACAGAUAAAAGAGAUAACAAUAGCUUUUAAAGCUGGCUUGGAAAUUGUGUGCUGCUUGCUGUUAGUCAGGGGAAAGGCCCUGCUAAUGUUUAACUUUUAAAAGCAUCUUAUCUCAAAGACAGGCUAUCCACUAGAGCCCAGUGCUCCUUUCUGCCCCUUGUUUUAUGAUCAGGGCUAAAUGCACUUCCUGUUGUGAUGAGCCUAAUUUGAUUGCCAUUUUAAGGUAGUGUCUGUGCAGCUGUUGCCCUGGUUCUGGCUGUCCUUUAUUUCGUCUGGGAGAAAGCCUGCUUGUUGAGGCUCACCUCCCCAAGCUCCUCAAAAACAAACCCAGCCAGAGUCUCCCGGGCCUAGCAAACCUGCUGGCCAGAGGCUGCCCAGCCACGACUGGUGGGGUUCCCACCUCUCCCUGAUCACACAUGCUGCCCAGGCCCCCAGGUGUGGGCUCCAGCAUCUCGUGAUUUCCUCUGUGGUAAUAAACACUUUCUGUGAUGGUCGGGAAAAAAAAAAAAGAAAAUGUAAAAGGCUUCUUUGGCCCCGUAUGCGUACAUGCUCAUCCCAUGUGUUCUUAGGUGGGCCCUGAUUCUCAGUACAGGAGAUGAUUUUAGAGGGUGCACAAGCUUGACAAGCGGCACUGAUGGACAGUCAGGGAAGGCAAUUCUUUUCGUCUUUGCUUUCCUGCUUGCUGAUUGCUUCGGGAGACAUUCUCUGUUUUGUGCUGAGUCUUUAAUGCCCCUUUGAUUAUUGGUAAGUUCCCUCUUCAACAGAGGGGACAGCCUUAGACUCACAGCCCUGAGCAGGCAGCGUGAGUUCAUUGAGACUUAACAGUACUAUUUUGAUUUUCUUGUAACUUGGCAUUUGUGGCAAAUGAGAAACUGGCCUUUCAGUUUCUCAAAUUGACAGAAGAUUCCCUUUUUGAAGACAUAUAUUAAAGUUAAAUGAAAAGUGGGUCAGUGUAAAGAAAAGCAGUUAUUACCGAUGGUUGUAAUUAAUGUUCCAUGAGCACUGGUGCAUCUGGGUCCUGUGACUGCAUCUGAACAGGUUUGGGGGUCCUCUAGGACUGAGGUCAAGGGAGACGGAUCAGCCUAGACAGCCAGCCUUUAGGGCCCAAUGAUGACGUUCCUGGCUUUGGUUCCCAGGUCACAGACCAGUUUGGACAAGAGCAGCCUCAUCCUGAGGUCUCCUCUUCAUCUAGGAUUGAGACAUUUCUUUUUGUCUUUGCUAAAAUACACACAUCUUAUUUCUUUCUCCACAAACCAGAUCUGAUCCACCCACUGAAGCACAGGCAGGAGCUAUGGGUGGUGAAGAGAAGCCUCUCCCAAAGUGUCUGUCCAGGUGGGUGGCCAAGUGCUAGGCAGUGGGGUUCAUGGCCGCCUUAGCUGUGAGAGGACCACAGGCCCUGGAAUUCCAUGGGAAGCUGCUUGUUGUCACCUCGUUGGGUGCUUAGGUCAAUGUAAAGUUCUUUGUCUUGAAGUCCCUCUGUCCUCCCACCUCAGUACCUCCUUGACUGUCACUGGGGGAAAGACCUGUUUUAUUAUGUAAGAGUGAGGCUCUGGGACCCAACUGCUUGGUAUUAAAACCUCACUUUGCCCAGUGACAUUAGGGAAGUUGCAUCAUUUUUUUGGGCCCCAUUUAGCUAAGUUAGGCUGUUAACGUUCACUGCCUUUAACAGAUAAUCUCCAAAAUCGCAGUGACUCAAUACAUGGAAAGUAUUUUUCUCACUCAUGGCAUAGUCUACGUGGGUCACAUGGGAGUUCGUAUCACACAGGUUUUCAGAGACCCAGGUGUCUUCUGUCUGGCUUUCUGGUUACCUUGGCAUCAUUCCACUGGCAGCGGGGAAACAGGAGAGGAAGGAGAGAAAUCACACCCAAUUGCGUACACAGACUUCCCCUCACAUUCUUUUGACAAGGA